CUAAACGGAUUAAGAAGACGGAGGGAACCCCGUAUCAGCGCCUCCAUGCCUGACGCAUUGAUCGAUGAUCCAACAAUGCGGAGACGUAUCAUCCAAAUACCCAUUAUUUGAGAACCUCUGUGUGGACACCUGAAUACUUAAUAAACGGAUAAAAUUAACAUUAAUAACGAAACUGUCCGCCUUCGAUCUACAUCUUAUCCGUAGAUCAUGGAAAAAGCUGCAAGUAUCAAAAGUGAGCUUUCGAAUAAGUCGGAUAAUGAAAGCAACGAGGAAGAAUUUUCUCAGCAAUAUCCGGUGCUUCUGGACUUGGAUGAAGUGACAAAGAAACAGCAGUUGGCGAAGGCUGAGGUAAAGAACGAGACAGUGAAAUCGUCUCCGGAGGAGUCAGUUGUUUCCCGGAGACAAAAUUUGAAGAAACGGUGGCAGGAACGGUCUCCUGACGGUGUUCUGGUGAUACGGGUACCUGAACCGGAGGUCGUCGGACCUCAUCCUCAUCUGGAAAUACUUCAGGCAAAUAUAAGGGCCGUCCAGAGGGAACCCUCGCAGACUGAACGAGAUUACAAAAAAUCUGCAUGUGAUCGUGAACGCACGCGCAUGCGCGACAUGAAUCGUGCGUUUGAAUUAUUGAGAUCAAAGUUACCGAUCUGCAAGCCUCCGGGAAAAAAACUGUCCAAGAUUGAGUCCUUGAGGCAUGCGAUCACCUACAUCAGGCAUCUCCAGAGUCUCCUGGAGCCCCAGUAUCCAUAUAUCCCCAGCAUUCCGGAGCGACCGAGUUAUUACGGAGCUAGUUCACCAGUUGGAUCUUACGAGGUGCAGCAUCCGGGGAGGUGGGAAUCUCGGGCGUACUACAGAUACGAUUAUCACGCGUCUUUCAUGCCACCUCUCGCUCCACCCGGGCUACAACCAGUCACGAGAUCACUCGAUGAUGAGGGACAAGAUUUCCGAUACAACACACAUUCUUGAUGAUUGGGAAAUCUUUAAGUAAAAAGUCAUUGUGAUGAAGUGCACCUGACGGUCCGACAGUCUUCCAACGGAGAGAAUAGUCGGGUAAAAAUUGUUUAAAAAUUCAUCGCAAAUUUUGUUGUAUGAAAGAUAAUCGAUGAGGUCAAUGUAAUUUAAUUAAAAAAGACGUUUCUGGAGGAUAUUUCACGAUUUUUUCAGUAGAACACGAAGUAUGAUAAAUACUACUGGACAGAUUAUAGAUAACUGUUGCUUUCCACUUUUUUCUGAUUUUUAUUUAAUUGAAAGUAAACUUCCCUAUAGAUAUAAAUUCAUGAUUUUAAAGAGUCAACGCAGAAAGGGAUUACCAGUUUUGAAUACUAAUAGAUUCGUCCCAAGGAUGAGAGAAUAUUCUCAACUAUUUUUCUGUCCUUCGCCAUAAACAAAAUUUUAAAAAAGUGGACCAUGUAAAAUGUAGAAAAUAUCUCAAUAAAGUAAGUUAUUCAAAGAAAUCCCAUUAAGUCAAUUUUUUAUAUUAAGUAUUUCCGGCGAAGCAUUGAGACAAUUUCAAUUCCAAAUU